CUAAGAGGCCCGAGGCCUCCCGCAGCCACUCUGGCUCAAAGGUCGCGCGCGCGCGAAGGCCCCGCGCACGCCCGAGACACCCCCCAGGCCCCUCGGGGCGCUGGCAGGCCGCGAUCCAUGAGCCGGCGGGUCAACUUCAAGGUGAGAUGCCCAGACACGCGGGUGGGGUUGCACCUGCGGGUCGUGGGCAGCUGCGAGGCGCUCGGCUCGUGGGACCCGACCGGCGGGCUCCCGCUCGUCACCUCUGCGGCGGACUUCCCCACGUGGCGCGCGGCGGACCCGCCGCACAUGGGGGAGGACGAGCAGGUGGAAUACAAGUACGUUAUCUGCGACAGCGAGGGCCGGGCGACACGCUGGGAGGAGCGGGCGAAUCGGAGCUUUAAGCUCAAGGACCUGCCGAUCUCGGGGAGCGCCUUGGCUGAGGCGAGCGUCUCCGUCCUCACGCUGGUGGAGGCGUUCAACAGCUCCGACCUUCCGCAGUGGCACGACGAGAACAGCGGCCGCCUCCUCCGGAUGCCGUCGCUGGGGCGCCAGGAGUCGGCGCCCAGGCAGGCCUCCACGGCCUCGGAGCUCUUCGCCCCGACGCGGCGCACCAGCUCCAGCCAGCACCUGGCCGACGAGCCCAGCGUGCAGUCGUUCCGCUCCUGCUCCAGGUCCAAC